CCAUCGCGAUUUUCCGACACGAACCCGCUCGCCAAUCCGCACCAACACGACCGUUUCGAUUUAGUUUCGUUUUCAUACCGACUCACUGUUGAGGUACCAUGACAUAGUGUUUGUGCGCGGACAUAGUUCAUAUUAUUACAAUACAUAUAUUGUGCUUUUAACCAUUUUUCGGUUGACGCUUAGUCGAAGAAUACACACACCACCGUACAACUACGACGACGGCGCAAUGGCCAAAUUCUACUGCUUGAUUAUUUUGUGCUUUGCCGUCCAACUGGCGUUGGCCGAAGACCGGAUAUCCGUAGACACGGUCGGCACGGUCGGUACGAUAACCGCCACCGCGGGCUACUCGAUAGCCGACAGCCUCCACUCGGCGACCUCUUCCGGAUUGACGUCGGAGUUGGACUUUCCGGGCGGACACCUCACCUCCACCAGCAAAGAGGCGUCCACUUCCGGCGAGGCUUACACGGUCGGCGGUUCUGACCAGCGGAACUCGCAGAGCUUAGCGUUGCGGUCCAGACAAGCUCGGGGCAAGCCGCAAACCCAGUGGCGGCCGCCAAACAGUGGCAGCGAAGAGGACAAGGACCAAGGAGGCGCCAGCAGCUAUCCGCUGAACGAACAGCUGUACAGCGUGAAACCGCAAACGUUCGACCCUCCGCCGCCUUCGCAACUAUCCAACGGCAAACCGGUCGACGACAGCGAGGAAAAAUCGUCGGUGCCGGCCGUUACAUACGGCAAGAAAAUGCACAAGGACAACGAGCACGACGACAGGCCAACGUUCGGCAGCAGCGACUGGUCCGAGGAGGUGCGCAUGAAGUUCGACGCCGACAAGCCGACGAGGUCGCGCAAAAAGAACAGAUACCAGCAGGAUAGCAGCCAGGAAAAGAGGAAACCGCUGCCCAAGAAGCUGGCCGGCGACAGCGGAAGCGGCAGUACCGACGGCGGCGGCAGUGGCGGCAGUAGCAGCGGCAGCAGCAGUGACCACAAGGACGGCUGGCAGGAAGUAAGUCCCAACUUGGAGAUCGCCACGGGAUACGUCACCACAGUACAGGAUCAUGAUUCCUCACAGGAGUCCACCAGUAGUUCAGAGUCUUACAAAACCCAUACGACACCGUAUGAGCAUCAUCACACGGAAAGCAUUUCCAGCAUAGAACACACGGCCCCGGCGGAACCGCAGAACUUCAACCACAAACAAGUGUUGUCGAAAAUGAACCACUUCGAUUUCAGCAACGCCGUGUCGCAAGUGAGCAAGACGCCCCGGGAAAAACGGCUCAACUAUCAACCGAGCUCGCCGCCGCCGCCACCGUCCAGGUACCCCUACAGCGGACACCAGUCGCCGCUGCAGUCCAUCGUGCCGUCGUCCGUGUCGCCCAUCAAGUCCGUGAAAAUCGAACAGCCCAACUACCACAGUAUCGUCGUGCCUAUACCGUUCACGCACCAGAUGUACGCGGCCAUGACGGACGCCGGCGCGUUCGGCCACCAUCAAUACCCACAGCUGCAGUCCACGUCGUCAAGCACGGUACACCAGGCGAUGAUGUCGCUGCCGGUCGUGCACAACGUGUUCUUCAAGACGGACGAGAAUGGCGCCGGCAAGACGAUGCCGGCCAUCGUCAUCCCGCUCAAACCGGAAUACUUGCAGCACCUGCAGCAGCAACAGCAGUACUCGUCGCUGGAGUCAGACUCGCCAAGCCUGCGUCCAUCGACCAGCGGCAAGUUGCCGUUCCAGGGACAACAACAACAACACCUGCAGUCGUCCGCUUACAGCGGUCAGCAACAGCAACAGUCGUCCGGCAACAAACAAAAACAGUCGAAACCCAAGAAACCCGUGUUCGUCAAGCCCGAAGAAGGCCGUGUCAAGCAACCGUUCAGUCUACAACAGCAUUCCUACUAUAAUCCGUACGCGGCUGCGGCAGCGGCCGCUGCGGCUGCCGGCCACCAUCAGCACCCGCACCACCAGCAACAGCAAUCACAACAGCAGCAGUACCACGAGUCGGCCGACGACAACCGGUACGCGCAAUCGUCGGGCGCGCCCAUCCAGUCCACCGUCCAUCCGUACGCUCAUUCGGUGAUCGUCAAGCGGCCGCAGGCUUACGGCUACGUGUCGCCUGCCGUCAACAAAUUCAGAGGACCGUCGGCCGACGACACGGUACAACUGCAACUGCAGGCACAACUGCAACAACCGCAAAUGCCUCAAAUGCCAUUUAAGGCCGCGUACCACGGUAACUACGCGUACCUGACCGGCGGCCCGGAAGAGGAUUACCCGUACCGGCCCAUCUAUAAAGACGUGAAGAAGCGCAACGACGUGAUGGUCGUCAGAUCGGCGGCCGCUUAGAAACAUUUGAGAGACCCAAAAGGCUUACACUAAUUAACUGUAUACGAGUAACUUUUGUUUUUGUUUCUUUGUGUAUUAUUUUAUUUUAUACAAAUAUUUUAGUACGUUAAAUUAACUAAUUUAUAAGUAAGUAUAAACUUAUAUAUACAUAUAUAUAUAUAUAUAUAUUAAACUUGGCCAUCGCAAAA